AUGGCCAGAUGCCACACAGCCUACAUUGAGAGAUCGCUACACAUGUGUUUUGAGAUGCUGGGCCAUUUUAUUGGAUCCCAUCCAUGGUGGUUCCUGAUCACCCCUCUUAUCCUUUCAGCAAGUCUGGGGAGUGGAUUUUAUUUUCUUGUGGACAGAAUGUCCAACAACAUCGAAGAGCAGUUCACCCCUAUUUAUGGAGAAUCCAAGGUGGAGAGGAGAUACUUCCAAGAAACCUUUCCAGGAAAUGAUUCCAUGUUUUCGAAUUUAAGGCUGAGCACAACUUCCAUUAAGGUGUCAUAUUCCACCUCCAUGUCAAUGCAGUGGGAAUUUGAGAAAUCUCCAGCUUCAGUCGUCUGUUUAUUUUCCAUCACCUAUGCCAUUGCCAUUAUGUUUUCAAUUAUAUCAUGUUGGAGGUUGGAUAAUGUUCGAACAAAGGCAUGGGUGGCGUCCUGUGGGGUGCUCUCCACAGGUCUAGCAGUCCUGACUAGUUUUGGAACACUGUUGUUACUGGGUCAACCUUUUGUCAUGACGGUUGCCUCCUGUCCUUUCAUGAUAUUAGGUAUUGGACUCGAUGAUAUGUUCAUCAUGAUCUCCUGCUGGCAGAGGACCAGUGUUCUGGACAGCGUGCCCGACCGGUUGGCUGAUACCUAUAAGAGCGCUGCCAUCUCCAUCACCAUCACCACCCUGACCAAUGCUCUGGCUCUCGUCCUGGGCUGCAGCUCACCCUUUGCCUCUGUUCGAUCCUUCUGCCUCUAUGCUGCAAUAUCUGUUUGCUUCUGCUAUUUGUACAGCAUCACUUUCCUGGGGGCCUGUAUGGCUCUGAAUGGACAGAGGGAGGCAGAGAACAAGCACUGGUUUACCUGUGCUAAAAUCCCAGAAGACUUACCAUCUGGUAAAUCAAAAGCUUUCAGUAUCUGUUGUGUUGGAGGAAGCUAUGACCGAAUCACUGAAAAGGAGGAAACUGAGCUUGUGAGUCACAUGUUUGAGCAGUUCUAUGGGCCAUUUCUGACCCACAAACUGAUUAAAGUGUGUGUAUUUGUCAUCUACACAGGCUAUCUGGCUGUUAGCAUCUAUGGUUGUUUGGUGUUAAAGCAGGGACUUGAUAUCAGGAAUCUGGCUUUGGAUGAUUCCUACAUCAUCAGUUACUACAACAAUCAAAGGCAGCACUUUUCUGAAUAUGGCUACAGUGUAAUGGUUGCAGUGACCCAUCCCUUUCCAUACUGGGACAAGGACAAACAAGAGCAUUUAUACUCAUGCAUUUCUAAUUUUGAACAUUUGAACUUUGUUAAUAACACAUAUUCUUGGUUUCUUUCCUUUCAACAGUAUGCAAAUGCAACCAAUCUCAACAUAAGCUCUCAAGUAGAUUUUCAAACCCAUCUUCCCCAUUUCUUAGAACUCAACUCCAUAUUUAGACAAGACAUUAAUGUGACCGCAGACAAUCACAUUCUGGCCUCUCGCUUUUUCAUCCAGACCCUCAAUAAAACCACAAUGGACGACAUGAUGACAGGACUCAGGAAAGCAGCAGCAGAAUGUCCACUUGAGCUGCUGGUGUACCACCCAGCUUUCAUCUACUUUGACCAGUAUACUAUCAUUUUGGAGAACACCAUUCAAACUGUCCUGGUGGCUGUCAUUGUUAUGCUAGUCGUCUCACUCAUCUUGAUACCAAAUCUUCUAUGUUCCAUGAUGGUGGCUUUUGCUGUUUGUUCAGUCAUCGUUGGCGUGACAGGAUUCAUGUCGCUGUGGGGUGUAAAUCUGGAUUCCAUUUCCAUGAUCAACCUGGUCAUGUGCAUUGGUUUCUCUGUAGAUUUCUCAGCACAUAUUACUUACUCUUUUGUCUCCAGCCCCAAGAGCGACGUUAAUGAGAAAGCCAUGGAUGCGUUGGUUCGUUUAGGUUAUCCAAUACUGCAAGGAGCUUUGUCCACAGUUCUGGGAGUGGUGAUGCUGUCCAUGUCUGGGAGUUACAUCUUUAGGACAUUCUUCAAAAUUGUGUUUCUUGUGAUUAUGUUUGGGAUUCUCCAUGGCUUAAUGUUUAUCCCAGUGUUUCUGACACUGCUCCACACCUGUGGGAAAUGGCAUUAA